ACCUCACUGACAGCUGAGACAGGCGCGGUACACAAGGACUAGACAGAGUAACCUGACUCCGCCACUACAUAGAGUGCAGCGCCAACCGCUUUUGGACCCUCAAACUGUUUACACGCCGGUCCCCCAUUAAAUCAUUGGUGAGUACCUGGUGUUUUCAUGGAAAAUCCCUAUAAAGGGAAAGUGAAAAAUAAAGGGAAGAUUAAAUAUUUACUUUUGUCUGGAAUGACAUAAAUCUGAAUACUUUGUGAAUUGACUCAAAUGUCUAAAAAAUUUUCUUUAACCCUCACAGGAAAUCCCAAGAAGAAUUCAGAGGGAAACAUCAUGUUAUCACUGAAUAUUAAAGUAGAAGAUGAAGAGAUCAGGGAGCGCUCCUCAGGAGAAGACCUCCUUACCUCUAAUGUUCAUCCAGAUCUAUCAUAUAAUAAUCCCCCUAAUCAUGGAGAACCUGCUCCUGACACAGGGAAAGGAAUUCAAUGUGAUGAAUGUGGAAAAGAGUUCACAAAAAGAUCAACUCUUUCUAGACACAGAAGAAUUCACACAGGAGAGAGGCUGUAUUCGUGUUCAGAAUGUGGGAAAUGUUUUAUACGGAAAUCAAGUCUUGAUAGACAUGAGAGAAUUCACACAGGAGAAGUGAAGCUACUUUCAUGUUCAGAAUGUGGGAAAUGUUUUAAUCAGAAAUCAGAUCUUGUUAUACAUGAAAGAAGUCACACAGGAGAGAAGCCAUAUUCAUGUUCAGAAUGUGGAAAAAGCUUUACACGUAAAUCAAAUCUUGAUAGACAUGAGAGAAUUCACACAGGAAAAGUAAAGCCAUUUUCAUGUUCAGAAUGUGGGAAAUGUUUUAAUCAGAAAUCACAUCUUAUUACACAUCAGAGAAUUCACACAGGAGAGAAGCCAUAUUCAUGUUCAGAAUGUGGAAAAUGUUAUACAGAUAGAUCACAGCUUGUUAUACAUCAGAGAAUUCACACAGGAGCAAAGCCAUAUUCAUGUUCAGGAUGUGGGAAAGGUUUUGCUAGGAAAUCAGUUCUAGUUGAACAUGAGAGAAUUCACACUGGUGAGAAGCCAUUUUCAUGUCCAGAAUGUGGGAAAUGUUUUAUAACUAUAAGCAAACUAAGAAACCAUCAGAGAAGUCAUGGGGAAAAAACUGUGUUCAUGUUUGGAAAGUGACAAAUUCUGUAAAAGAGGGAAAUAAAUAUUUUUCUAAUAUCCAGAUAUUCACCCACAAUAAAUUUUAGCCAGGAAAAUCUAAAGUAUGUAAAAUAUAGUACUGCAGAGUUUUUUUUAUGUUCUGUCGUUAGGAUGUGCUAUCAGUAUUUGAUCUGUGGGGUCUGACUAUGGGUGCGCCUGAAUCCUGAAAGGAUAGACCAGCAUUAAUAAAAAAAAGAGUUGAGUCGCAUAUUGUGGAUCUUGGGCAUCUCCAGGGUGGGUGUUCCAGUCUCCCUAUUCUCCUACAUUCUGUUCAGAAUCUAGAUUUAUAUAAUGGAUAUUAAUAUUCCCUGAGAGAUGUGGAGGAAGAUAUCACAUGAACAAUCUCUACAUGUCAUCUCCAUCCUCCCGGUCCUCUACACGUCAUCUCCAUCCUCCCGGUGCUCUACGCGUCAUCUACAUCCUCCCGGUCAUCUACGCGUCAUCUACAUCCUCCCGGUCCUCUACGCGUCAGCUCCAUCCUCCCGGUCCUCUACGCGUCAUCUCCAUCCUCCCGGUCAUCUAUGCAUCAUCUACAUCCUCCAGGUCCUC